AUGGCAGAAUCACAAGGUGGUGAUGUUAGUUCGGCAACUAGGCAUAAUAAAGGUGCCAAUAUUGCAAAGCUAGACACGGCGGGAGCAACACAAGAGGUAGCGGUUACAAUGCCAUGUGGGGUUUGCAAGUACUUGAAGAAGAAGUGUACUAGUGAAUGUAUCUCCGCACCCUACUAUGGUAAAGGUGCAGCUAGCUUUGCGGCUGAGCACAGAGUGUUUGGUGCUAGCAAUGUGUCGAAGCUCUUGUCCAACAUUUCGACUAACCACCGCCACAAAGCAGCGGUGACUAUAUAUCCUAUGAGGCUCAGGCUAGGCUAUCUGAUCCCAUUCUUGGUAGCUGCAAUGCAAGUAGAAGUCUCAAUGAUGCAAUCUCAGCUGAUGAAUCGGAGAUAUGCAUAUUCAAGUGCUCUACAAACCACACACCAGAAGCAGCAUCAAAUACAACAGCAACCAAACUUUAAUGUAUCUGUGCAGCCGGCAUACUCCAACAACAUCUGCUUCCACCAACAAUUUCAUGAACAAGAACAACUUCACCCAGGUUUUGACCUCACACUGGAGACGGCACCUUCUUCUCACAGCUUAGAGCCUUUUCAAAACUCCAGGAUGUUGAUAUGA